AUGCGCGGCGCACACGCCCAGCGACCGCCCGGGCGGCCUCUGACGGUGCGCGGCGCCGUCCCGGGGCGCUCCCAGCCCGCGCGCGGCGGCUCGGCGUGUCCGCUGAGACGCGGUCCGCCGUCCCCGACAGGGUGCACCGCGGGGCCCGGCGCGUGCUGCGGGCUGCUGGGCGGGCGGGCGCCGGCGCGGAGGAUGGAAGUGCGGACGAACAACCAGGGGGGAGGCGCGGACGCGGCGGGAGGCGGGGACGGGGCGGCAGGCCGGGGGAAGAGCGCGGGAGCCAAGGCGAAGGGGGCCGCGAAGCGGAGCGCGGGGUCGGAGUUCCUGGUGCUGACGCCACAGCAGCGGUUCAAGGCGAUGCUGCGCCGGACGGAGGACGCGCGGGAGCGGCUCGUGCGGCGGGUGGUGGCCUCGCCGCCCGCGGCGGCAGCGCUGGCGGCGUGGGCGGCGUUCCUCGCCGCCACCGCGCCCGUCCGCGAGCCGGCCCUGCGCUUCGCGGCCAAGACGCGCGCGUGGUACCGCGAGGAGCUCCGGAGGUACCAGCGCUUCUGCGCGUACGAGACCAAGCGCGAGUGGCACUGGCGGCGACGGAUGCGCCGCGAGUGGGAGUGGUGGCGCCAGGUCGUCAUCGGCGCGUGGUUCUUCGGCGCCACGGUGCUGUACCAGAUGGCGACCCCCCCCUCCAUCCUCUUCGCCGUCCUCUUCCCCUGCUACUGCUCCUGGAUCAUCUCCGACCGCCCGUGGCUCUCCCCCGUCGCCCUCGCGUGCUACAUCAUGCUGCCCAUGAAGUUCGUGCCCUGGGCGCCCAUCCGCUUCCUCUGGUAG